AACUCGUCCGUCCUCAUCGUGAUCAAAUCUCGUUCGCAUCAAACAUGGCUGGCGGAGCCGCCGGUGGAUUUGUUACACGAGCAUUUGAAUCGAUGCUCAAAGAGUGUGCCAACAAAAAGUAUGGCGCUCUCCAAACAGCUAUCCGGACUUAUACAGACAUCACAAAUGAACAAAAUCUGCAAUCAGUGGCUAUUGAUACAGAUAAAACCUCCACCUUACCUGGAGAACAGAGUUCGCAAGAGGGAUCUCAUUCGGCUGAUGAGACAGAGCAUGCAAAGAAGGCGUCUAACAUAACAUCAAUCUUAGCUAAUGCUGGGAAUACAUUGGAAGGACCUGCAGCAGAGCUUGUUUUGAAUCCUCUCAGAUUAGCAUUUGAGACUAAAAAUGUUAAAGUUUUAGAAUUUGCUUUGGAUUGUCUUCAUAAACUUAUUGCAUAUGAUCAUUUAGAAGGUGAUCCUGGAUUAGAUGGAGGUAAAAAUGCACCAAUGCUUACAGAUAUUCUAAACAUGGUCUGUAGUUGUGUGGAUAAUUCAUCAUCAGACAGUACUAUUAUACAAGUAUUGAAGGUACUUUUGACAUCUGUAGCAUCAUCAAAGUUUAGAGUUCAUGGAGAGUCAUUGUUGGGAGUGAUCAGAGUAUGUUAUAAUAUUGCUCUUAACAGUAAGAGCCUUGUGAACCAAGCAACCUCAAAGGCAAUGUUGACCCAGAUGAUCAGCAUCGUGUUCAGGCGAAUGGAAUCUGAUUUGGUUUCUACUACAGACAGUUCUGUUUCACAUAAUAUACCUGUUACACAGAGUAGUUCAAACUCCACGACUGAUGAGACUGCAUCGAUUCACCAAAAUGACAAAGUAACGCCGGAGAAUGAAAGUUCAUUGGAUCAACGCAAAGAAACUUCUCUUGCAUCUAUUGAAGAACUUCAGAAUCUUGCAGUUGGAGCUGAUAUGAAGGGAUUAGAAGCUGCUUUAGACAAAGUUGUGCAUCUUGAAGAUGGUGAAAAAGUAACUAGAGGGAUUGACCUUGAGAGUAUGAACAUUGGCCAUCGUGAUGCUUUACUUCUAUUCCGGACACUUUGCAAGAUGGGUAUGAAGGAAGACAAGGAUGAAAUUACCAUGAAGACUCGCAUCUUAUCUCUUGAGCUUCUGCAGGGCUUAUUAGAAGGUGUUAGCCAUUCAUUCACAAUAAACUUUCAUUUUAUCGACUCGGUGAAAGCUUAUCUCUCAUAUGCCUUGUUGAGGGCAUCGGUUUCUCAAUCGCCAGUCUUAUUUCAGUAUGCAACUGGAAUAUUCUCUUUGUUAUUGUUGAGAUUUAGAGAAAGUCUUAAAGGAGAAAAUGGAGUUUUCUUUCCCUUGAUUGUCUUGCGUCCACUGGAUAGCAUGGAAUGUCCAUUGAACCAAAAAUUGGCUGUUCUUGGGGUGCUAGAGAAAAUUUGCAAGGAUUCUCAAAUGCUAGUUGACUUGUUUGUUAACUACGACUGUGAUCUUGAGGCACCUAACCUGUUUGAGCGCAUGGUCACUACAUUGUCAAAGCUAGCUCAAGGGACUCAAAACAUGGAUCCCAAAUCUGUUACUGCAUCCCAGAUGAGCUCAAUAAAAAGUUCAUCACUUCAAUGCCUAGUAAAUGUGCUGAAAUCUUUGGUUGAUUGGGAGAAGUCUCAAAGGCAAUUUCGAAAACAGGCAAAAGGUCAACAGUCAUAUGACGAACUUUCAUCCACAGAAAUCAGUGAGACAGAUAUCAAGGAGGAUUUGCCAAACAAUUUCGAAAAGGUUAAGGCUCACAAAUCUACACUGCAAGCAGCAAUAUCAGAGUUCAAUAGGCAUCCAGGAAAGGGUAUCGAGUACCUGUUAUCGAAUAAUUUGGUGGAAAAGACACCUGUUUCGGUCGCCCAAUUUUUAAGGAAUACACCUGCUUUAGACAAGGCUGUUAUUGGAGAUUACUUGGGCCAACACGAGGAAUUUCCCAUUGCUGUCAUGCAUUCUUUUGUUGAUUCUAUGAAUUUCUCUGGGAUGAAGUUUGAUGUUGCUGUUCGUGAGUUUCUUAGAGGAUUCAGACUUCCAGGAGAAGCUCAAAAGAUAGAUCGUAUAAUGGAGAAGUUUGCAGAGAGGUAUUGUGCAAACAAUCCUGGUCUUUUCAAGAAAGCAGACACUGCUUAUGUACUUGCUUAUGCAGUUAUCAUGUUGAAUACUGAUGCGCACAACCCAAUGGUAUGGCCUAAAAUGUCUAAGGCUGAUUUUGUACACAUGAAUACAACGAAUGAUACUGAAGACUCUGCUCCAACGGAACUAUUGGAGGAGAUCUAUCAUUCUAUUGUCAAAGAAGAAAUAAAAAUGAAAGAUGAUGUGACCAUUGUUGGGAAAACCACUAGACAAAAGCCAGAUGUAGAAGAGAGAGGUCAACUUAUCCGUAUUCUUAAUUUGGCUCUUCCAAGGGGAAAAUUGUCAACUGACCUUAAGUCUGAGAAUGAAGCUAUCACUAAACAAACACAGGCUAUAAUUCGAAAGCAAGGAGGAAAAAGGGGAGUAUUUUAUACAUUAAAUCAAAUUGAAAUUGUUAGGCCAAUGGUUGAAGCUGUAGGAUGGCCAUUGCUUGCGACCUUUUCUGUGACUAUGGGUGAAGGAGAAAACAAGCCAAAGAUCAUUCUCUGCAUGGAAGGAUUCAAAGCGGGGAUACAAAUCACUCAUGUUCUUGGAAUGGAUACCAUUCGCUAUGCAUUUUUAACAUCUCUCAUUAGAUUCAAUUUCUUGCAUGCACCUAAAGAUAUGCAGAGUAAAAACGUCGAGGCACUGCAGACCUUGUUAUCGUUGUGUGAAACAGAAACUGAUACUCUCCAAGACACCUGGCAUGCAAUUCUGGAGUGCAUUUCUCGCCUCGAAUUUAUUGUAUCCACUCCCACUAUGACCAUGACUGUCAUGCAAGCAUCAAACCAGAUCUCUAGAGAUGUCAUUGUGCAAUCAUUGAAAGAAUUGGCUGGAAAACCGGCUGAACAACUAUUCGUGAAUAGUGUUAAAUUGCCCAGUGAAGUGGUUGUGGAGUUCUUCACAGCUCUUUGUAAUGUUUCAGCUGAGGAAUUAAAGCAACAUCCGGCUCGUGUUUUCAGCUUGCAGAAACUAGUUGAGAUCAGCUACUACAAUAUGGCUCGCAUCCGUAUGGUAUGGGCCAGAAUAUGGUCUGUCUUAUCUACUCAUUUCAUUUAUGCUGGAAGCCAUCUUGACGAGGGAGUUGCUAUUUAUGCUAUUGAUUCUCUGCGGCAACUUGGUAUGAAAUAUCUGGAGAGGGAUGAACUUGCUAACUUUACUUUUCAAAACGAUAUUCUAAAUCCAUUUGUGAUUCUGAUGCGAAGUAGUCAAAAUGAAACAAUACGGAGGCUUAUUAUUGAUUGCAUUGUUCAGAUGAUAAAAUCUAAAGCAGGGAGCAUCAAAUCCGGCUGGCGUAGCGUGUUUAUGGUUUUUACAGCUGCUUCAUGUGAUGACUUGGAACGAAUCAUUGAAAGUGCAUUUGAGAAUGUGGAACAGGUUAUAUUGGAACACUUCAACAAUAUUGCGGGGGACUGCUUCCUGGAUUGUGUCAACUGUCUUAUUGGUUUUGCCAACAACAAAAGGUCCUACGGGAUCAGUCUGAAGGCCAUUGCUCUUCUCCGUAUAUGCGAGGACCGUUUUGCUGAGGGACUACUAACAGAUGGUGAUUUGAAGACCAUUGAUGUCAAUGUAGAUGCAACUUAUGAUAUGACUGAGCAUUACUGGUUUCCUAUGUUGGCUGGAUUAUCAGUCCUCACAUCAGACCCCAGAAAAGAGGUCAGCAAUUGCGCGCUGGAGGUCUUGUUCGACUUGCUAAAUGAGAGAGGUAGAAAGUUCUCAUCAUCAUUCUGGGAGAGUAUUUUCCAUCGAAUCCUGUUUCCCAUUUUUGAUCUUAUAAGAGAUGCUGGAAAAGAAAGUCCAGUCCAAUCUGGGGAUGGGUGGCUCCGUGAAACUAGCAUUCACUCUCUUCAAUUGCUUUGCAAUCUUUUCAACACUUUUUACAAGGAAGUUUGUUUCAUGCUGCCUCCUCUAUUGGGUUUUCUACUAGAUUGUGCCAAAAAAGCUGAUCAGUCAGUAGUUUCAAUUUCAUUGGGUGCUUUAGUGCAUCUUAUCAAAGUUGGAGGGCACCAGUUCAAUGAUAGUGAUUGGGAUGCAUUACUUGACAGCAUAAGUGAUGCCUUAUACACAACACAGCCUGUUGAGUUGCUUAAUACCUCUGCUAUUGUACAGCCCCACGGCCCUAUGGGUUUAACCAAACAUUUGGAAGCCUCUUCAGAUGAUAAUCCCUGGUCAGCCUCUCCUAUAAAUGAGGAGGUUGAUUACCGCCAAAACGAUGGCACUACACGUGAUCCUAAUGCAAUGGUCAUGGAAAACAACAAUCAAGAAAUGAACUCAGUGAUCUCUGAUGGCCAAUCAUCACCUUCAGGGGGAUCUUUGAAAAUUGUUGAAGGUGGUGGAAACCUUCAAAGGAGCCAAACAUUUGGUCAAAAGAUCAUGGGUAAUAUGAUGGACAGUGUGUUUGUUAGAAGUUUCACAACGAAACCUAAGGAUCGUGAUUCAGAAUUCAUAGUGCCAUCUUCUCCAUCAAAGAUAGUUGAUACUGUCGAUUCAGAUAUCAAAGAAGAGGUGGAUAGCCCCAUAUUGGCCACCAUCAGGAGCAAAUGCAUUACACAGCUACUACUCCUCGAUGCUAUUGACUGUAUUCAGGGAAAAUACUGGAACAAGCUGACUGCAUCACAAAAAGUUUCUCUAAUGGAUAUAUUAUUUGCUGCAUUGGAGUUUGCAUCAUCAUAUAAUUCAUAUGCCAAUCUCAGAUUGCGAAUGCAUCAUAUUCCUGCUGAAAGGCCACCUAUAAACCUUCUUCGCCACGAAUUAGCUGGUACAUGCAUUUAUUUGGACAUUUUGCAAAAGGCAACGUCUGAAGUUAAUGCUAAAAGAGAUGAACAACUCAAUGAUGAAGUCAGCUUGUUGGAAGAUGAUACAUCAAACAAAACUAAUUUUUCUUCCAAUUUACAUCAUGAUGCUGGAGGAGAGAAACUUGAAAUGGUAGCGGAGGGGAAGCUAGUAUCUUUUUGUGAACAGGUGUUGCAGGAAGCUUCUGAUUUCCAAUCAAGUCUUGGUGAGUCUCCGAACAUGGAUAUACAUCGGGUUCUUGAUUUACGGUCUCCAGUCAUUGUGAAGGUGCUCAAGGGCAUGUCUUUUAUGAACAAUCACAUAUUUAGAAGACACCUGAGGAGAUUCUAUCCUUUUAUAACUAAACUAGUCUGUUGCGACCAAAUGGAUGUUCGAUGUGCCCUUGCAGAUCUCUUCAGCAUGCAGUUCAAUCCAAUGUUAACAUGUCAUUAAAGUAAAAUUCUUCGAGUUUUGUGUUUUGAUGUUUCUCUAUGAAUUGACAGAGAAGAUUUUCUAAGUUGCUUCGUUUUUGUAUAGGAUUUGACAUGAUUCAUU